AAAACCUAGUCGCCAUUUUGAUAAGAGGAAUGAUUUUUCCGAAAUAACUGGAAACAUCAUUAAGUCUUACGCGUGUUUAAUGAUUUGUCAACUGUUUCUAAAUAUAACACUGAACUAAAUAAAUUAAUAGGAACAUGCAGUUUAAAUUAUGCGCAUGGUAGAUCUCCAGAUCAGCUGUAACAAUUAUGUAAAAGAUGUGACCUUUUAAAUUCCUAUCACCGCGUUUUUACAACGAUUUUUUAAAUCAUGUUUUGAAAGAACUAAUAUGACGCUUUAGAAGACAUUUUAAGUCUUGUAAAAUAUUUCAUACUAUCAGUGGGCUUAAAGCAGCAACAUGGCGUGUUGAAAAACCGUCAACAACAAUGUUUUAAAACGUUUGUUUACAUCGUGAAAAACUACUCAGAACUUUGUAAAUAGUAAACAAAUAUACAGGUAGCCACUGUAAAUAAUGGAAGAAGACAUAUUGUAGCACUUAUCAUCAAGUGAAUGCACUUUGUGCUUCACAGGUGGCAAUUUGCAAUUGUAUUUACUUUGUUUUUGGUGCUAUUGGACGUUGCCUCAGGUUUUAUCAGUCACACAUUUUCAAUGUGCCUUACUGUGGAUUUAACCUGCUCAUUCACUGGACAUAAAUAACAAAAGACACCAUAACAAAGACUUGGAGAACCAUUAUCCUUGGGGGAAUUUUUACACCCAAAAGGGGAAAAAAGGAUACUUUUAAGUCUUUGCGUUGACCAUGGUUUAAUAUGGCAACAAACAACGCUCCAAAGCAUGACUUUGCACCGGCCUGGCUGAAAAUUCCAAAUGCGGAGAAUUCUAAGCCAUCCGGAGUUAAUAAAGGUAAACGCUUUCCUCCGGGUCCAACCAACAAGUACCGCCAUCAUUCUGUGGAUGACGACUACUAUGCAUACUACAACGGUUACCCAUACUACCCUGGCUACAGUUACCAUGACAUCAAGUACGGCAUGCACUACAGCUCCCAGCCCACCCUUGUACGGGCCAAUGGCCAGCGAGACACCAAGUACCAGCAUCCCCAUGCCAGAUAUGGAGUGGGGCAGGGCAUGAACGUGGGCUAUCCCCCGUACUACGACUUCCUGCCUCCCUUCGAGAAUUACUAUCCCGACAGAGAGUACUACAACAACAACAACUACCCAUCACAGCGAGGCAGCUCCAAGAAAAGUUACUACGAGAAGGACGGCCGUAGCAACUCUAAGGAGGGCAAGGAGAAGGACGAGAGGAAGGAGAAGGAGACCGACAAGCCUUUUAAGGACGACUUUCCAUCUUUGAAUGGAGAUGAGGAAAACAUAGACAAACCCAGCAAGCAAGUCAAUGGCACAGGAGUGUGGGAGAAUCCACCCCUGAGUAAGGCCCCCAAUACAAAGCCUACUGAAGAGAAUGGAGAAACUAGUCAAUCCAAAGUGCUCAGAGAUCCCACUUUUUAUAAAUACCUUGUUCCCAGUAAGGCUACAACGUCAAGGCGACCAACUAGAGUGAAUGGCAGCUUUCCCCGUGAUGAACCGUCGUUUGCCGCCUUGAAAAUCAGCAGCCCCACAGCAAUUAGCACUAACAGUGUGAAAACUAGUAAAGAGAGUUCUACACAACCAUCUACCCCUCCCAUUGACAUCCUCAACACCCGCUUUGUCACCCAGCCGAAAACACUCGCUGACAAGAAAAGUCAUUUCUUGAAAACAUUACGGCAAGAGGACAGCGAUAAAGCUGGCAAGAAGGAGUGUGAUGACGUUACCAAUGGGGUUGGAGCUCUCGAGUUGGACGAUUCAAACCUGUCAUCAUCUUUAGAGGCUGAGCAAAGGUUGCUAAGGGAGAUGGGCUGGAACGAGGCAGACGAGGAGACGUACGUGAUAACGGAGGAUGACAUGAAGGAGUUCCAGACACUCUCCAAGCACCUACAGAAUCAGCGGCCCGCACGCAACGGAAUCACCAAACCAGCUAUACCGAAAACAUGGAGCCCCAAACAUGUGCUAGUCUACCAGCCGAAUCCAUCCGAACUCAACGAUACUCUGUCUUCAUCUGACUCUGAGUCCGACGUGGAGAACUGAUUGUGUUACGCGUGUGUUUUUGAUUGUCAGAUUUGAAUGUCCAUCGUGUGUGACGGACUUAUCAGAACUAUAGGGGGGUUACAAUGGGGUUUGUUUCCCUAUUAGACAACGUUCCACAAAUGCCGCAGACUUGUGUUUUAAUUGUGAAGCCGAUGUUUGCGCACUGUGACACACACGCAACCAUCGUAUUGUAGAUGUAUUUCAAUCAUCGUGAACUUUGCUCAUGUAUUUCUCUUCAAAGUGCUCUCCAAGGGGAGGUAACUUUUGUGUCCACAUGUAGUCAGGAAAUAUCUCAUUUAUUUCAAUCCCAUGGUAUGUUCUCAGCUAUUACGGUUGCUAACCGACGGAGAUAUAACGUGUUUCAGUGUAUUAUUCAACUGCCAUAGAAUAGUGUUUGAAGAGUCUGAUUUGAUUUUGGAAGGCAACCGUUACGUGUGAGAGCAUCUGCUUUGUUUAUACAUUGUUAAAUGGAAAUAUUUUUAUAAUGUGUGCUCAUUUAUUCCGCAAUGAUAAUAGAUGCUGUAGAUUUAUCAACCAUUACACAAAUCGUUUGUAUAUAGUGUUAUAAAUUAAUGAAUUUUGGUAAAAAAGUGUUCCUUGAAAAUUGUAACAAUAUUAAACAUUGUGUUGUUGUAUUUGAAAUAUUUAAUACUGUAGACAGGGAAAUGUUAACUUUGUUAUGGAAGUUAUGCAGCGUUUGUAAUUCAUAAUGUAUGUUGGAUCAGUGAAGCUUCGUAUGUUCUGUUCCGCUUUCCAAAACAUGCAUCAUGGAUUCCUUGUUUGAUUUUUGUUUUUUCGCUUUUAUUACAUUCUUAAAAUGACUGUAUUAUGGUUGUUUGUAGCUGUGACACAAUUAUCUUACUUAAAUAGGUAGAACGUUUGCAACAUGAAUUAUGUGGUUUUCAUCAGAAUUGUAUAUAUGUUUGACUGUAAUUGUCGCGACCCAUUGUAACAUCGGACCAGCUUAUGAUCUGACCAGUGCCUAUGUAGGAAAAUUUAGAACCUCUUCAUGGUUACAGAAUGUAGUAUAAAACUGUUUGGAUUUUAGUAUUUACUUUGAAAACCGUGUAUUAGUACUCUAGCUCUUACUGAAUCUGUUUAAGUAAUUGCAUAAGAUAAGAGCAUAAUGAAAAACAUACAAUAGAAAAUUGAACACAGAAGUAAACUUGCCUUCAAUCGAUUGUGAAGCUAUCACAUAAAAUUGAAGAUUAAGAUAUUUGUAUAUUGUACCAACAGUAGAUUCUCAUUUUGCAGUCAUUUAUAUAAUUAAGUCAUAAGAUUAGGAUUAUGUUCCACUAUUCCACCAAUUAUUUUCUCUUUUCUUCUUUGUUUUGCUUUUUAAUUGUCUGAAAACAAAUUGUUAUUUACAUAUAAAAGAUGGAAUUGAUUCAAGUUGUAUGCAGUAUAAAGCAGAAAAUUGCCCGUCACUCAACAAAGAAAUUACUGACUGAUCAUAAUCCUGGAAAACAGAAUCUAACAAUAAUGAAACACUAACAAACAAUAUUGUUAGAAAACUUUCAUCAUAUAAACAGAACUAUAUGUCACUAAUAAAGAACUAAACAUAG